AUGACUGAUUUAAAAAAUCUUUCAAUUAAUUAUGACGAUUGUAUUGCUAUUGUAGAAUUUAAUCAAGAAAAUGCUAAAGUGAAUACAUUAUCCGAAGGAAUGAUGAAUGAAUUCGUUCCUGUAUUUAAUCAAUUACAAAAUAAUGAUAACAUCAAAGGAAUUGUCGUUAUAUCAGCUAAACCUGGUUCAUUUAUAGCUGGAGCUGAUAUUAAUAUGCUUGAAUCCGCUCAAUCUCGUGAUGAACUUUAUAAAAUGUCACGUAAUGGUCAAGAUAUUAUGAAUCAAAUUGAGCAAUCACCAAAACCAAUCAUUGCAGCUAUUGCUGGAUCGUGUCUUGGUGGUGGAUUUGAAGUUGCUUUAGCAUGUCAUUAUCGUAUUGCAUUGAAUGAUAAACAAACUAAAUUUGGUGUACCUGAAGUUAAAUUAGGAUUAUUACCUGGUGCUGGUGGUACACAAAGACUUUUACAGAAUCUUUUAUUACCUGAUGCACUUGAUCUUUUGUUGACUGGAAGAGAAAUUCAAGCGAAAAAAGCUAAAACUAUGGGUUUAGUUGAUAUUCUUGUUCAAUCUAUCGGAACAGAUUUGGAAAAUAUGGAGUAUUUAUAUUCAUUUGCCGUACAAAAAGCCAAUCAUGUAAGAAACUAUAUUCUCUCGCAAGCUGAAGCAAAAGUAAUGGCACAAACACAAGGUCUUUAUCCAGCACCAUUGAGAAUUUUAAAUGUCAUUAAACAAACUCUAGAUCAUGGUACACAAGCUGGAUUAAAUGCUGAAGCAGAAGCUUUUGCUGACCUUGGUAUGACCAAUGAAUCAGAAGCACUAAUUAGUCUAUUUCAUGGACGUACUGAAUGUAAAAAAAAUAAAUUCGGAAAAUUAAAUAGAGAAAUUAAAACAAUUGCUAUUAUUGGUGCUGGUCUAUUAGGUGCUGGUAUUGCGCAUGUAUCGAUCGAUAAAGGUUUACAAGUAAUUUUAUAUGAUACAACUGAACAUGCACUUUCUCGUGGUCAAUUACAAAUAACAAAAGGUUAUCAAAAUUAUAUUAAACGAAAUCGAAUAACACAUACUGAAUAUAAAAGAAUAUUAUCCAAUUUAAAUUGUCAAACAAUAUUCGAUAAUCUAUAUAAAUGUGAUAUUAUAAUCGAGAGUUUAUACGAAGAUUUAAAAUUAAAACAAAAUAUUCUCGAUAAACUUGAACAACAUAUUUCUGAACAUUGUAUAUUUGCUUCUAAUACCUAUACAAUAUCUAUUCAUGAUAUAGCUUCUAAUAGUCAACGACCCGAUAAAAUUAUUGGUAUGCAUUAUUUUUCUCCAGUUGAUAAAGUUGAAUUAUUAGAAAUAAUUCGAACGAAACAAACAUCUGAUGAAACAAUUUGUUCAGCAGUUCAUAUUGGUCUUAAACAAGGAAAAAUUAUUACUGUUGUUAAUGAUGGACCAGGAUUUUAUACUACACGUUUAUUAGCAUUUAUUAGUGUAGAAAUAUUCUAUCUUUUAAAUGAAGGUUUAUCUCCGAAAGAUAUUGAUAAGGCAACAAAAAAUUUUGGUUUUCAUGUUGGUUUAGCAACAUUAUUAGAUGAAUUUGGUAUUGAUAUAAUUGCUAAUAUUGUAUUUCAUUUACAAACGAUAUUUGGUGAACGUCUUAUUGAUUUAUCUAUCAUAGAAUUAUUUCGAAAAUUUAUUCGAAAUUAUUUAUUUGGAAAAAAAUCUCAACAAGGUUUAUAUAUUUAUUCAAAUGAUAAUCAUAAUAAAAAAGAAAUCAAUCCAAAAAUUAAAGAAUUAAUUAAAGAUACUUCAAUACAAACUAAAGAAAUAUCAACAAUAGAAGAUAUUCAAUGGCGUAUAUGCCUUCGUCUUUUAAAUGAAGCUGCCAAAUGUCUUGAAGAAAAUAUUAUAAAUUCGCCAACCGAUGGUGAUAUUGGUGCUGUAUUCGGUCUUGGUUUUUCACCAAUGAAAGGAGGUCCAUUUCGUUUUAUGGAUACGUAUGGUAUUUCAAAAAUAGUUGAUUUAAUGAGCAGUUAUCAAUUAAAACAUGGUGAUCGUUUUAUUCCAACACAAUUACUAAUUAAUAUGUCAAAAGAAAACAAAACAUUUUAUUCAUAA